AUGGCCAAUGCUAGUCCAGCCAAGCAUGGGGACGAUCUCGAGGCCUUCAUCCAGGACAUGCCCAAAGGAGAGCUCCAUGUCCACCUGGAGGGCUGUCUCACCCCGGAGCUCGUCAGAACAUUCGCAGAACGCAACAACCUCGACAUACCAUCCGCGCUGUCGACGCUCGAUCAGUCUGGAGGAGGGUACGCGUUCAAUGAUUUGACGAGUUUUCUUUCCCUGUACUAUGCCUGCCAGAGCAUAUUGCAGACAGCUGAAGACUUUCAAGAACUGGCCUUUGACUAUUUGUCUCGAGCGGCCAAACAGAACGUUGUCCAUGUCGAGAUGUUCUUCGAUCCCCAAGCACAUACCUCGAGAGGCAUUCCUUUCUCGACCGUUGUUUCUGGAUAUCAUGCCGGCAUCCAGCAGGCAUAUCAGCAGUACAAGAUCUCUGCCUCAUUGAUCUUGUGUAUACUGAGGGACGAGUCUGCCGGAUAUGGAAUGGCCACUGUUCUUUCUUCUCUUCCUCACAAGCAUCUCAUCGCUGGGAUAGGGCUCGACUCAGACGAGCGAGACCACCCUCCAAUCGAGCAUGCCGCGGCCUUUGCUCGUGCCCGACGUGAAGGCUAUCAGUUGACUGCACAUUGUGAUAUUGACCAACAAAACACGCUCGAACAUAUUCGACAGUGCCUCGAGGUUCUCAAAGUCGACCGUAUCGACCAUGGCACUAACAUCGUGGAGGACCCUGCUCUUAUCGAGGUUCUCAAAGCAAGGAACAUUGGACUGACCUGCUGUCCGAUCAGCAAUUCAAUUGUAACAACGACUGCAAAGUUUCCGGAGAUAUUGCAGUUGUUGCGUCAAGGCGUCAAGGUAACAUGCAACUCUGAUGAUCCAGCAUAUUUCAGAGGAUACCUGUUCGAGAACUUGUUGAAGCUGGCCAAGGAAACGGAUAUUACGCGCAAGGAGUUGAUUCUCUUGCAACGAAACGCAUUCGAGAUUAGCUGGAAGAGUACGAGCAUCGUACACUGGGGAAAGCAGCAUCCUGAUGGCGUUGUUGGUUGGUGUGGUGCGCAACCUGGCCUCGGAGUUAGUCUGGCCUCGCCGCCAACGUUGCUACGCGUUCCUCGCGCUUCGUUCUUCGACAUUUUGAAAGUGUGGCAGUUCCAGACAUAA